AUGAGUUUGUUCUUUUUCUUGAUAUGCGGGAUUUUCUUAUCCUUGUCCAGUGCUAAUGUUCCCAAGACUCACAUUUUUAUACAAGGACAUAUGAAAGAAUCUUUGAAAAAACUACCUUGGAAGUGGACCCAUAAGAAAACUUCGUAUAAAGUGAAAACCCCUCUUACCAUUGGGGUUGACGUUGUGUCUAGUUACAAAGUCAUCGCAGAUGCAGUUGGUGUUGAAGGAAUCUUUAAAACAGGUCGAUUCAAGCAACACGAUUGUGCUAGUAUUCUUAGGAGUUACCCUGAGUUGAAAGGUCAUGACGCAGUAUACACUAUUUACCCCGACGGCAAGACAAAGAAGCAAGUAUUCUGUGACAUGACGACAGAAGGAGGUGGUUGGACGGUUAUUCAGCGACGAUUACAUACGGGAACAACCGAUUUUUACCGAACAUGGAAAGACUAUAAGACAGGCUUUGGGCAAGCAGGAUUGGAUUAUUGGUUAGGCAACGAUGCAAUUCACACCCUGACCUCCAGUCCGGCGCAAGAACUGCGGGUGGACCUUGAGCAGUUUUCUGGCGCCAAAGCUUAUGCCAGAUACUCAAAGUUUGCCAUUGACAAUGAUAAAAACAAGUUUAAAUUGUCAAUCAGUGGAUACAGUGGAACAGCAGGUGAUGGACUUAAACCUCAUAAUGGACACGUCUUUGCUACAAAAGAUAAACCUGAUGGUUCAAAAUGUGCCAUCGCAUAUAAAGGUGCUUGGUGGUAUGCAGGCUGCUAUCAAUCGAAUCUCAACGGACCUUACCACAAAUCAGCUUCCAACACAUACCAAGCAAUUGUGUGGAUUCCGUGGAAAGACAAGACGGCAUUGAAAUCAACACGGAUGAUGAUUCGACAUAUGAAAGAGUCUUUGAAAAAUCUGCCAUGGAAAUGGACACAUAAGAAAACAUCGUAUAAAGUGAAAUCCCCUCUUACCAUUGAGGUGGACGUUGUAUCUAGUUAUAAAGUCAGUGCAGACGCAGUUGGUGUUGAAGGACUCUUUAAAACAGUUCACUUCAAGCAGCGCGAUUGUGCUAGUAUUCUUAAGAGUCACCCCGAGUUCAAGGGUCAUGACGCAGUAUACACUAUUUACCCCGACGGCAAGACAAAGAAGCGAGUAUUCUGUGACAUGACGACAGAAGGAGGGGGUUGGACGGUUAUUCAGAGACGAAUACACACCGGAACAACCGAUUUUUACCGAACAUGGAAAGACUAUAAGAUCGGCUUUGGGCAAGCAGGAUCGGAUUAUUGGUUAGGCAACGAUGCAAUUCAUACUCUGACCUCCAGUCCGGCGCAAGAACUGCAGGUAGACCUAGAGCAGUUUACCGGAGCUAAAGCUUAUGCCAGAUACUCAAAGUUUUCCAUUGACAAUGAUAUAAACAAAUUUAAAUUGUCAAUCAGUGGAUAUAGCGGAACUGCAG